UUCUAGACAGGUCUGUGUGUACCUAUGCUAUAUGUUGAAAAUUCACUUCUUGAUUUAGCUACAAACAUUUUGAGUUGUUAGCUUGCGUUCUUACGAAAUCCAGCAUGAUUUCCUCCCAUUCAAUGACACCGUUAGUCACUCAAAGGGCAGAGAAAGAUGCUCUUAACAAUCUUACGGACCGUUUCGCCGCUUACUUAUCGCGAGUGAGAGAAAUGAGAGAGAAGAGCAUACAUUCAGAUAAUGCUAACUUUGUCAGCACAAUAAAGAUAUUGGAAGACGAAAUUCCCCUAAAAACGAUGUACGAACGUCAACUGGAAGACCUAAGAAAUCAGUUGGAAGAUACCUUACGUGAGAAGAGCUCCUUUCAGAUCAUGUCAUCCAAGCAAGCAGCUCAAUUAACAGACUUAAAUGAAAGACUGGCGGAAGAAAAAAAUCUUCGUAAAAAGGUAGAAAACGAGCUGGCAGACACGUAUCGUAGACUAGCUGAAAAGGAAGUGCAACUUCAAGAAGCAAGAGUUACAACAGCACAGCACAUGAACUCACACGAGGAUACGAAACGCGACCGACAUAACGUCACAAAUCAUUUAAUUCAAGCACAACAUGAUUUAGAUAACGAAAGUGCAGUCAGGUCAAACCUAGAGGCCACGGCACAAAGUCUAAGAGACAAACUGAGGUUUGAUGAGGAAAUUCAUCAAAAGGAACUUCAGGACUUCAGGUUUCGUCUUUCUGAGAUGGAAAGGGCUUUAGUUAUUGCUGAUGAAAGACUACACGAACAUAAUAUUGUAGAUGAAAAUCUCUCAACAAUGUUAGCACAACUUAAACUUCGUUCUGACGAACAGUUACGACGAUACAAACAUGAAUCAGAGUGUUCCUAUCAAUCACACAUAACACAAAUGCAAAGUGAGUUGGCCGAUGAAACCAGAAAUUUAAAUGAAGCAUUGGAACAAAACAUCAAACUCAAGGCAGCACUGGAUGAAAUGAAUACCAAAUGCGUUGGUCUUGAAUCAAAGUGUCAAACAUUGGAUAACCAAAACCGAAAUUUGAUUCAAAGUCUUGAAUUAGAACGUCAUCAAUCAACAAAUACCAUCAAGACUCUUGAGAACAAGUUAAGAGAAGUACAACAAGCGUUGAUGAGUAAAAUACGUGAACUCGGUUUGGCCUAUAGUAUGCAUGCACCUAUUGACUUGGAACUUGGUUCACUUACCGCGCUCCUUGAAGCUGAAGAGAAAAGACUUGCAUUAUCUUUAUCAAACAAAAAACCCACCAACACAUAUCGGUCAUCUAUUUUAUCAGCAUCUUUAACGACCCCAAAACCAGUGAUGACAAACUCUUUAAUACGCAAUUCAACAAGCCUUCCAAAUGUUCACACUGCAAAAGAAACUAAAGUUCAGCAAAAGUUGAGACCAAAAACUUCUCCAGGUACUCGACCAAUCACGACAUCCCUGCCAGUUUCUUCCAACAUAUCGUAUAUUCCAAACUACGUUGACUUUUACUCUCCAACAUCCAGUCAUACGGGUCACGUGAGGAUCCUUGAAGUCAAUCCAUCUGGAAAGUAUGUUCGUCUCUUUAACAACUCAACAUUUGAAGAUGAAGAAAUUGGCAACUACAUGAUCCAACAAAACGUGUCUGGAAACCCUGUGACAGUUUUCAGAUUUCCUCCACGAACUAAGCUUAAAGCAAAUUCUCACGUUACGGUAUGGUCAGCAUCAAGUUUAGCCCACCACAAUCCUCCAUCCGAUUUUCUGUGGAAGGAUCAACAUAAAUGGGGAACAGGUUCAGAAUGCACGACAAUUCUUUGCAAACCAAAUGGACAGGCAAUUGCCUGGACCACUGCUGCAUUUCCUUUUGGAGAACCAAAGCCAAUCUCGAGUCGAGGAGAAAAGGGGGACUCACCCCAAUAUGAUGAGCUGAAUGAAAGUGCAUUAAAAGCUGUAAAAAUGGAAGGAAUGCCAUUUUCUUUACCAACGGAUCAUUCUCUUCAUCCACAUGCUGUUCAAACGCGUGUUGCACGUGUUGGGAAUGGUAUAAAAACAGACAACGCCCAGUCUAGAGCGCAACCGAAAUCUCCAGAAGAUGACUGGAAAAGCAAGAAAUCACCAAUUUCAAAGGUUAGAACUAGCAAAACUGGUGGAACAAUUCGAGUAGUGCCAGCUACAAAUUUCAGUUCUCCUUCACAAAGAUUUAGUCAAGGCUUGGCGGCACUUAAUUCACAACAGAGGCUGUCUUUUCAAUCACCAAUGCCUAAUCCUUACACUGUGCAGCGAAUCUAGAUACUUUGAUCAUUGAUUUUACACACUAGCAGUUCAUUCUUACUACCGUCUGUAUGGCCUGUACUCACAAAUUUCAAUUUUUUUAUAAAUAUACUUGUUAGAUCUAUGAAAACAAAGACAUAUUUUAUAUAAA